UAUCGGCGGCUUCAAGUAUUAAAAUUAUUACCGAGGGUCACAUUCAGUCAGCGGCUGCAUUUCGAUCGUAAACUCGUGUGUGUAAAGGUAUCGAGCAGCCAUGGGCGUGGAUGUCGAAGUUAUUUCACCCGGGGACGGUUGUACCUUCCCAAAGACUGGACAGACUGUCGUUGUCCAUUACACAGGUAAAAUAAAAAACGGAAAGCAAUUCGAUUCAAGUCGAGAUCACGGCAAACCCUUCCAAUUUAAAAUUGGAAAAGGUGAUGUUAUCAAAGGAUGGGAUCAGGGAGUUGCUCAGAUGUCUGUAGGUGAGCAUGCUCGCUUGACCUGUUCACCGGACUUCGCAUACGGCAGUCGAGGUCACCCUGGCGUUAUUCCACCAAACGCAACCCUCGUUUUCGACGUUGAGCUCAUCAAGGUCCAAUCUUGAAUGCCCUUCCAUCGCUAAAAUGCCAAACUGACCAAAAUGGAGGAAUUAAUUGCCGUUAAACAUCAUAAAGAAGUCACAACCCUUUUUUCUUAAAUUAAUUCGACAACGGCACAAUGUACACUUUAUUCAAUCGCUCAGGUGCCUCAGCGUGUGUCAGACUAAUUAAUUAAAUCGAUCUUGUAUCAACUAUAACUCAGGAUAAAGCUCCAUUGGUGGAUUGCAAUGACCAACUCGACUUCUGAAAUUUUUCAAUUUUUGAAGGUUCUAAAAUUUUUAAAAAAUAUUUAACAACACAAUAUUUUAAACCUUUUCGAUGUAAAAUCAUUGGAAUUUUUCCACCAUGAUCGCAUUUAUAAAUAUUUAUGCAUUGUACACCGUGUUAUUGUACCAUUUAAUAUUUGUGUCUUUUUUUAUUUCUCCUUUUUGUAACGAGCGAUUGAAUUAAAGAAUUAUUAAA